UCACCUUUCUCUGUAAAUACUUCAGGUUUCGCUACUUCCAUUCUCUCUGCUCUCUAGAAUUCAAAAAAAAGAAGAAAAAAACAAUGCCAAGCAAGAAAAACAAGAGAAAGAGACCCGAACGACCCACCAUCCACCCCAAAAACAAAUACUCCGAUAACCCACCUGAUUUUUCUGUCUUAGCUUCUCUCUACCCGUCUCUCAAGCCUUUUGUUUUUUACUCUCGCGAUGGUCGACCUCGAAUUGACUGGACCGAUUACAACUCGACCCGAGAACUCACCCGGGUCCUGCUUCUCCAUGAUCAUGGCCUCAACUGGUGGAUUCCUGAUGGCCAGUUAUGCCCUACAGUGCCAAAUAGAUCGAACUACAUUCAUUGGAUCGAGGAUCUUUUGUCAUCGGAUAUCAUUCCAAAGAAUAACAACAAUGGUGAUAUUGUGAGAGGUUUUGAUAUAGGCACUGGAGCUAACUGCAUUUACCCUCUACUUGGUGCCUCUCUUCUUGGAUGGACUUUUGUCGGGUCAGAUGUGACUGAUGUAGCAGUGGAGUGGGCAGAGAAAAAUGUUAAAUGUAAUCAACAUAUAUCAGAACUAAUUGAAAUCAGAAAGGUCACAGAUUGUCAAGGCACCAUUUCUAUUGAAGAUUCAAAUUGUGGAGAGUCGGUCAAUUGUGAAAAUAAAAUGGAUGGAAAUGCGACUGUGGUCGAGGAGGCAAAGCUUUUGCCCUCAUCUUCUUUUGAUCCUCCAUUGGAUAUGAAUAAGUAUUCUGGACCACCUUUACUUCUUGGUGUAGUCAGAGAUGGUGAGAAGUUUGAUUUCUGCAUGUGUAAUCCCCCAUUUUUUGAGACCAUGGAGGAAGCAGGACUGAAUCCCAAAACUUCUUGUGGUGGGACUCCUGAGGAGAUGGUUUGCCCUGGUGGAGAGAAGGCUUUUAUCACUUGUAUAAUUGAAGAUAGUGUAGUGUUGAAGGAGUCCUUUCGGUGGUUUACUUCAAUGGUUGGAAGGAAAGUGAACCUCAAAUUCCUUACCUCAAAGCUUCGGGAAGUUGGAGUCACUAUAGUAAAGACCACUGAAUUUGUCCAAGGGCAAACUUGUCGGUGGGGGCUUGCUUGGUCUUUUGUGCCUCCUGUCAGGAAAAUAAUAUCUCCUCUGGUGCAGAAGAAUAGCCUAUCUUUCACUCUUGAGGGUCUUCAACGGCAAUUCAGUGCCUUUCAUGUAUUACAAUCUAUUGAGUCCUUUUUCUGCCUUGGGGGUGCAUCCUGCAAAUUGAAUGCCUCUUCAUUUGUUGUUGAUAUCACUGCCUCAAAUGACCAGUGCAAAGCAAUCCUGAGGGACGAGGCAAAGCAUCCCAAUGGAGCCGCCACUUGCAACCCUUUGGAGGCAUCCCAUAGUUCGAGUUAUUUGCACCCUCCUUCGAAUAACUUAUCUUUUUGCAUAUCGGUGUUUCAGCAAAUCCCAGGCACCCUUUUGGUGAAAGCAUCAUUACAGCAUGGAGAUGGCCCAGUCCCAGGAGUGUUCUCAUUGACAAUCCAACAAUUGGAGAAAACUUUGAGAUGCAAGUUUUGUAGGGAAAAGGCCACUCACAACUAAAUUGCAUCCGAUUCAGCCUUCUACAAGUUUUUAGAGAUGGGAUGAAGUUGAAUCUUAUAUAUGGUGUCUUGAUAGUUUUCCACCAUGAAACAGUGGAUUUUAGUUUGUACGUGUCUAGUUCAGAGGUUCAUACAGCUGAAUUGUAUACCGUAUGUUUGACAAGCUCAUUCACUGCGUUGUAAUGUGGUGUUGGUAUGUACAUCAUUUUCCUGUGGUGUCUGUAUCCCUGAAUUUCUUUGACUUUUGUUUUUUAGUCCUGUUGCAAAAUUCUCUUUUCA